AUGUUCAAAGUUAUCCCUCCUCUGCAAUCAUAUCUGCGUAAUACAGCAUUUCGAAGAUUCUCCUCGCAAUUAUCUAGUGCAGCUCCUCGAGUGAAGACCGAAUUCUCUGCCAAGUCCUCUAUCCUUCCAUUACGACCUUAUCACAGAUCUUUCAGCAGUACAUUUGCCAAGAUGUCUGAUCUUACUGUUGAGCUCACUGCCCCCAAUGGCAAGAAAUACGUUCAGCCAACUGGUCUAUUCAUUAACAAUGAAUGGGUGAAGAGUAGCACAGGUCAAAAGAUUACAUCUAUCAAUCCCUCAGAUGAAUCAGAAAUUGCAUCCGUAUAUGCUGCAUCAGCAGAAGAUGUCGAUACCGCAGUCAAAGCAGCUCGAGCAGCUAUGCGUAACCCUGAAUGGCGCGAUAUGUCCCCUACCGAUCGCGGUUCCCUCAUGAUUAAACUAUCCACUAUCAUUGCCGAACAUACAGAACUACUUGCAACUAUCGAAACUUGGGACAAUGGAAAGAUCUAUAAUGACGCCGUUGCGGAUGUUAACGAGGUGGAAGCUGUUUUCAAAUAUUAUGGUGGAUACGCCGAUAAAAUACAUGGACAAGUGAUAGAUACUGGUGUUGCAAAAUUUGCAUAUACAAUUAAGGAACCAAUAGGAGUAUGUGGCCAAAUUAUCCCAUGGAAUUAUCCAUUGGGUAUGGCUGCAUGGAAAUUAGGUCCCGCUUUGGCAUGUGGUAAUGCUGUUGUGAUGAAGGCUGCGGAACAAACUCCGUUGAGUAUUCUUGUCCUCGCAAACUUGAUUAAGCAAGCAGGCUUCCCACCAGGCGUGGUAAAUAUUUUGAACGGGUAUGGCAGAGAAGCGGGAGCUGCAAUUGCAACACAUCAAGAUAUUGAUAAAGUGGCUUUUACCGGUAGCACUAGCACAGGAAAAGAAAUUAUGAAGAUGGCUGCUGGCACCAUGAAAAACAUCACUUUAGAGACGGGAGGAAAAUCUCCCUUGAUGAUUUUCGAUGAUGCAGAUCUUGACCAGGCCGUCAAAUGGGCGCAUUUUGGUAUUAUGUCGAACCAAGGUCAAAUUUGCACCGCCACAUCUAGAAUCCUCGUGCAGGAUUCUAUCUACGAUAAGUUCAUUGACGCCUUUAAAAAGCAAGUCAAAGAAGUUUCGGUCGUUGGUGAUCCAUUCGCAGAAACCACAUUCCAAGGUCCGCAAGUCACUAAAGCUCAGUACGACCGCGUACUAGGUUACGUUCAAAUAGGUAAAGAUGAAGGUGCCACACUACUCUCCGGAGGUGAAGCUUUCACAAACGCUCAUCCUUCAGGGAAGGGGUUCUUCAUUACCCCCACUGUCUUCACAGAUGUCAAGCCAAGCAUGAGGAUUUACAGAGAGGAAGUUUUCGGACCAUUCUGUGCCAUUGCUAGCUUCAAGACGGAGGAAGAAGCAGUGGAAAUGGCUAAUGACACGACAUAUGGUCUUGGCUCGGCAAUCUUUACAACUAAUCUAGACAGAGCUCAUAAGCUUGCCAGGAGAAUCGAAGCGGGUAUGGUUUGGAUCAACAGCAGUCAAGAUUCAGACUAUAGGAUUCCAUUCGGAGGCGUAAAGCAGAGUGGUAUUGGCAGGGAAUUAGGACAGGCUGGACUAAUUGCUUAUUCACAAGUCAAAGCCGUUCAUAUCAACUUGGGCACAAGACUGUAG